CGAGAGGCCCGUUAAUUGUUCGCUUGACAUUAUGGCUUAGAUGUGCGAAUUGUAAACCGCUUUCAAGGGCCGCCGGCCGAUGUUGUCUUCUGCUCGCUCAUCAAUAAAUUAUAAUGUCCUAAUACCAAUUGACAGCGCUGGGAGCGUUGGCGGCAUGCAUAAAAUAUCAAAAGCAUUUUGGGCCCCAAGCAGGACUGCGACAAAAAAGAAAGGCGGCAGGUGAGAGAAGUGAAAGCAGAGCCCAGAGGCUGAGGCGAAAAAAAAAAAACAGAAUUAAGCCAAGUUGAAGAGCGAGUAACAGACACCGCCAGCGGGCGGUCCAAAAAGCCAACUUCAUUUACGUCUGAAACGCAGUUGAAAUAAACGACUUCACGACACUGGCGGAUUUCCUAAAAAACAUCCAAUCCCUGUGGCUAACGAGCUGGCUCAGCGGGAGGACCAAGCGGAGCACCGGAGGAGGAAUCGGAAUCGGGAACGGAAUCGGUGGAAUCGAAGGAGUCGUUGGCCACGAAAAGCGCUCAGUCAACGUUUACACGCUCCAGCAGGCGCAUAAGUUUCCGCCUCAAUUCGGCGGCGUUGGUAAUUGCAGCUUUGAUUGCCGACGUGAGCUGGACAGGACCCAUCAGGGCAAACCUUCAUCGGCAUCGGCAUCGGCAUCCCGGUUCCGCCAGCAAUCAACACCUUCCUCGGCAACGGCCGAGGAAAUCUACGAAACCAAAUUUAUUGAAAGCUCAAUGGCCCAAACGAUGGACGACAUGGUCUUCCAGUGCAGCAAUCAAAAUUCGAUUUAUGUGCUUAAUGCCAGCUACGGUGCAUAUGGGGACUAUGGCACAUAUGCGGCAACAAAGCGUGAAAUAAAUGGCAGCUGGAGCAGAGCGGCGGCAAAUCCAAUUGAGGCAACUUGCUCGAGUGGCGUCCUGCAGCAUAAAUUCAAAACUUUUGGCAGUGCCGCAGCAACAACAACAACAACAACAACAGCAGAUGCGGCAGCGGGAAGCGCAUCAAACUACGUAAAUCCUGUCGGUACAUCAAUGUCAACCGCAAUGUGUUCACCGGCAACGGCGGCCCUGCAAAAAUUGUUCAAUUGCAGCGCCGGCAUCGCCUGCCAAAAUGUCACCCACGCAGCCACCCACAGCAACCACAGCAGCAGCAGCAACACCAGCAGCAGCAACAUCAACGGGAGCAGCAAUAACAAUAGCAACCAUAACAAUAGCUGCCUGUCAGCGGCAGGCGGAGUAACCCAAAACGGCCGCAAUAGGAGCCGAAGUGGCGAAACGCUCGAUGGCCCAGCGGGUGUGGUUACCUCCACAGGAGCAGGAGGUGGCGUUGGAGGAGCAGCAGCAGCUGGAGGACCAGGACAAGGCGGACUACCCCUGAUGCCAAAGAAGAAAUGCACCAAUGUCAAAUCAGCACUUAUUGCCAAGAAGACAAAGUUUCUCAAAUAUCUCGAAGAGGAAAAAUGGAGCAGCCAUGCCGGAGCAGCGGAAGAUGCUGGCGCCAUCAGCAAUGAGGCGGAGCCACCCAGCGGAAACAACUUGAAAAAUCAGAGCAACAGUCGGCAGGCUGGAAAUGGAAAUGGGAAUGGGUAUGGGUAUGGAAGUGCUGGUGGUGUUAGUGUUGGCGGAAGGCAGCUGAAUAAAUUGACCAACUGGAGCGUGCAUAAUGAGGACAACAGCACAGCAACGCUGACCAACAACCAACAGCAGCAACAGCAACAGCAAGAACAUCAAGAACAACUACAACUACAACAGCCGGGGAAAUCAAGUUUCGAACUUUACCAGGAGGCAGCCGACAUUUUGGGCCUGAGUUGCAGCCUCUGUGAUAAUUGCCGAUGCCUGGACUGUCAGAGCGGUUACUUUGACUGCGACGACGACGAUGAGAGCUACUCUGAGCAGUCGCUGAUGGACGACGAGUACGAUGAGUUCGACUGCAGUGCGGAGGAGCUGCAGGCGGUGAUGGCCGGACCCCUGGAUGGGGGGGAUGUGCCCCCUAACCGGAUACCCUGCUGCCCACUGGACCCCAACUAUCACGAGGUGCACAAAGGGGAUCCGGAUUCCCAUUCGCCGGACUCACACACGCUGACGGAAUCUCUGGGUCAUCGGUUGGCCAUCGAUUUUGAUUUAAUUAACGCCACUUGCAGCCAAGUGCUGCAAAAUUGUGAAACAUUCAACGAAUUGAGUCUGCUAGAUGCUGCCACCGGAUCAGAGCGUCCUUUCACGUAAAUCCAGGUGACGAACUAAAAAGGAUUCGGACUCUGCAGCUAAUUAAAGUUGAACAAUGGUCAGGAGCCCAUUUAUUGCAUCUGACACCUCUUACAGUGGCUGCCAAUUGUAUGCGUACCCGCCCCGGGUGUUUGCGUUUCAUUUAUUUUCUUAUUUUGAUUUCAAUUAAGUUCCGAUGCAAACAGAGAAUAUGGAAUGUUGAAAAUGUUGAAAAUAUUUUACUGGUUAACAGGAAAGCUUUCGCUGCCAUAUAUCCUAUAUCAAUACGCAAUAUAUAAUAUAUACUUGUGUAUAUGGUUGAACAGUAUGCAAACGCGUGACGAAAUGGUCAAACAAACACACACACACACAAAAUCGUAAAUAAAUUAAUUGCGAUUGGCGAUUGUCGAAUUGCAAUUUCAAUUUCAAUUGACACGGCGGAAAUUCAAUUGCAGCGAGCACUAGCGAAAAUCCGAAACGUUUCCAUCGAUUAUCAGUAAAUAUAAACCACAUAUGCAAAAACAAUGAAAUAUAAAUAGUGCCAAUUUCAUAUUCAUAUAUGAAUCUAUUCGAGUUGCAAUGCAAUGCAAACCAAACCAAAAUGAAAUACAAUGGGAUUAUGUAGCCAACAAAACAAUUU